ACUGACGUGUCCUCGAGUGCAAGGCAAAGCGUAUUUCUCUGCAUUUAUUAGAUACGCGUCAGAUUUGUCAAUUAUUCUUAAUCACGUGCUGAAAUUCCAUACGUGAUUGAGUACACUGUUGUAAUGCCGGUUACGUCAUUAAAAAAAAAAAGAUUCAAAAACUGAUGAUCGGAUUUGAAUAUCUAUUGUAAAUUGAAAAAUUUCCCCUUGACCCGCUGGAUGAAUUCUACAAUUUAUAAAAAUAUAAUUUGCGGAAGGUCGAAUGAAAUUAUUCGGGAAUUACACGUUUUAUUUCUUUAUCGGAUCCAAAGUUCAACAACGCUACGGUUCAAGUAUACACCAGCUAAGCUGCAAUUGCUUCGAGUUGGUUGAUAGUGCUGUCAGAAGCAAUAACGUUUCGAGGAUAUCGCGAGCAAAUUUGAUUUAAAAAUGAAGAGCGGAAAUCAAAUAACUGCCGAGGCUCUGAAAGCUCAGGGCAUCGAAUAUGUUUUUGGAAUAAUUGGACACCCCGUAAUUGAGCUGUCCAUGACCAUACAGGCCCUGGGCAUUCAAUAUCUUGGAUUUAGAAACGAACAGGCCGCAUGCUACGCUGCACAAGCUUAUGGCUACCUAACGAGAAAACCAGCUGUAGUUUUAUGUGUCUCUGGACCGGGCAUGCUUCACGUUAUAGGUGGUAUGGCAAACGCUCAAGUGAAUUGCUGGCCAGUCAUAGUAAUCGGAGGAUCGUGCGCUCAGGAUCACGAGGGAGUUGGAGGUUUUCAAGAAUGGCCACAGGUAGAAGCCGCUAAACCCUAUUGUAAAUAUGCCGCCAGGCCACCAUCUGCAGGGUUAAUACCGCUUCACGUAGAAAAGGCUGUUCGGCUGUCCACUUACGGACGACCUGGUGCUGCUUACUUGGAUUUUCCAGCCAGCAUAUUGACCCAAUCAGUCGACGAGGAAAAAAUAUUCAAAGUUACAGUUUGCCCACCGCCUCCGCUAAUAUUUCCUGAUCGUAAAUUAGUUGAACAGGCAGCUAGCUUGCUUAUGCGAGCAAGAAAACCAUUGUUAAUUAUUGGAAAAGGAGCUGCUUAUGGUAGAGCAGAAAAUGAGAUCCGCAAUCUUGUUUAUUUAACAAAUCUUCCUUUCCUUCCAAUGCCAAUGGGAAAGGGGGUUGUUCCAGACACGGAUGAACGAUGCGUUUCUAGCGCAAGAACUUCUGCGUUACAACAAAGCGACGUUAUCUUAUUAUUAGGCGCCAGAUUAAACUGGAUGUUACAUUUCGGUCGAUCGCCUCGUUUUCAAGAUGAUGUUAAAAUAAUACAGAUCGACUUGUGCCCAGAAGAAUUGCAUAAUUCUGUUUCUUCCGCCAUAGCAAUUCAAUCAGAAAUCUCAACAGCUGUGGAUUGCCUUGUUACUGUUCUAAAAGAACGUAAAUGGUCGAUUGAAAGGAGCAAUCCAUGGUGGAAAGAUCUUCUCGCUAAAGCGAACAAGAACAAAACGCUUGUUAAUAGAAUGUCGGCGGAUGUUUCGGUACCCUUAAAUUACUAUGCUGUUUUUAAACAUAUACAAGAAAUUAUUCCUCCUAAUUCUAUUAUUUGCUCGGAAGGAGCCAAUACGAUGGAUAUUGGUAAAACGAUUUUGUUAAAUAACGAGCCUCGCCAUAGAUUAGACGCUGCUACUUUUGGCACUAUGGGUGUAGGUCUAGGUUUUGGCAUAGCAGCUGCUCUUUACUGUAAGAAUCAUGCUCCUAUGAAAAGAGUAUUUUGCGUUGAGGGAGAUAGUGCCUUUGGAUUUUCAGGCAUGGAAAUUGAGACAAUGUUCAGGUAUAAACUGCCUAUUAUUGUUAUAAUUGUGAAUAAUAAUGGUAUUGCUGGUGGAUUAGACAGUGAAACAUUUAGGCAGAUACAGUCUUCGGGAGAGCCAACACAGGUAACACCACCAAAUUCUCUGACAUCUGAAACUCAUUAUGAAAAAAUGAUAGAAAUGUUUGGGAAGAAAGGGUAUUUUUGUAGGACAGUGCAGGAUAUUCAACAAGCAAUAAAAUCAUGCCUUCAGGUCAGUGAUGCUCCAAGUUUGAUAAACAUUAUGAUCAAUCCUCAGGCUGAUCGUAAAGAACAAAAAUUUAGUUGGUUAACAGAAUCAAAGCUUUAA